CCAAUUCCAUGCGGCUAGACACAAAUAAGUUCCAAAAAUACAUACUACUACGUAUAUACCAAUUGGGAAAGAUUUGAGCAAGUAGAAGAGGUGGAAACGAACUGCAGAAAAUAGCUUCGGGUCCAAUAUCAUUAACAUUUCUUAUAUAAGGUUGAAGUACAUUCAGCUAAGAUAAGGAUGCUGGGAUGGAAGGAGGCAUAGGAUUCAUGUGCAUAUCAUGCGCCUAAAAUGUCAUCUGAAGAUCCAAGUGAGCAUUCUGUGCAUGGAUCUGAACAUGCCAGCGCUCACCAUGAUGAAUACCAUGUUCCUAAUCCGUUCAUACAGCAGAUGACUGGACUGUUCCAGCAAAUUGUUCAAAAUGUGAUCCCGGCUAAUAACGGAGAUGCACGGGAGUCCAUUACGAUCGAGAAGCUAAAGAAGAAUGGCGCCUCCAUUUUCUUUGGAAAAAGGGGGGAUACUCCGGAAAUUGCCGAAUUUUGGCUUGAGCAAACUGCUCGAGUCUUAGAAGACUUACAAGUGCCGAUAACCGAUCGCCCACGACAUGCUAUUAGUUUGCUGCAACAUGGAGCCUACGAUUGGUGGAAAUCAGUACUUCUCAGACCAGAUCUACCGAGACCCGCGACGUGGGACUACUUCCAGGAACGCUUCAUAGAUCAAUUUGUCCCGGCCUGGUACCAAGAAGAACGAAAACGACAGUUUAUGGAUCUGACACAAGGAUCCAUGACGGUGGCAGAGUAUGCAUAUGAAUUCCUUCGCCUGAGCAAGUAUGCUCCUGAUAUGUUAAGAAUGGAAGCUGACAAGUGCCGGAAAUUUGAGUAUGGGCUUAAUGAGGAAAUCGCUGGGCAGGUGGUCACCUUACGCCACGUUAGUUUCACGUUGCUUGUGGGGGCCGCUCAAAGUUUUGAAGGGUUGCGCAGAAGAAAGACCACCAGAGGGACAUUUUCUUACUCAGCACUGACAAUGAACUCGACGGGGAAGAGACAUGAAAGUGGAAAGGGAAAAUCUCAGAGUCGAUAUAAUGAAUCAUCUCGUGCCAAGUCCACGUCUGGUAGCAAAAAACCUCGACCACCGGUUUCUCAGGUCAAAAGUGUCCCGCUAUGCUCGUUUUGUGGCAAACACCAUAUCGGUGAAUGUAGAAGAGCCUCCGGAGCUUGUUUUCGUUGUGGUCAAAAGGGGCACAUGCUCCGAGAAUGCCCUUUGCUUGUCACAGGUGAUGCCUCUUCAGCUCCAGUCCGCCCUACUCAGCCCCCACAGAUGAGCCAACAAACUCGUAUCCAAGGCAAUGCUGGGAGCAACUCUGAUACGGUAAACAGGCCUACACAGGGUCGUCCCCAGGCUCGGACUUAUGCCAUGCAGGCUAGAGAAGAGCAACCAGAGAAUGAUGUCAUUAUUGGUUGAAGUACAUUCAGCUAAGAUAAGGAUGCUGGGAUGGAAGGAGGCAUAGGAUUCAUGUGCAUAUCAUGUGUGUAUUGUUUAUAAAUAAACAAAUAAGAAGCAAGUUUGACUUUAAACUUAUCUGAUCAUUUUCGUUGUGUAAACGCUUCCGCAUAUUUUAAAUAUUUUGUGUUGUAUAAUAUUAAGUGAUUUAUGGCGAAUUGAUAUUUCAGGUAUCGAAAAAUAAGUUGACGUUUGAAUAACGAUGAUUUAUUUAAAUAAUAAAUUAAAUUUGUUUUAAAUAAUUAAAAGUCUUUUGGUUAAAUCCGUUUUGACUCCUGCCUCGUGACACACCGCUCGGGACGGCGGGGCCGGUUCGGGUAGGGUGUUACAGUGACCGUACAGAACAACGGAUCACUGGGCUCAAAAAUCGAAAUAACGCUUGAGCACCGCCCUUCUAAAUGAUUAGGAGAAUUAGCUAUAAAGCUAUUUUGAGGAAAAGCAAAUACUUUUGUACUUGAGAAUUAUUCUUUGGAAUACUUAUAAGAAAUCUUGAGGAAAUCAUUGGGAUUAUUACUACUCUUUUGAAGAAAACCAUUUUUGUAUAUAUUAUUUUUCUUAUGUUACAGAUGAUGUGGUGUAUGAAGAUUGAUGUCUUGAGAGCGCUACUAGAAGACUUUUAGAGAAGCUAGUCUCAUUACAAUAAUCUUUGUUCGUUUACGCUAUUUUAAAUGUUGAACUAUAAAUCUUCACUUUGGUUACAAUUAUGGUGGAUAGCCUUAACAUCCAGUCCGAUGAGGGCUGGGUGUGGCGGUGACACGCCCUUUUCCUUGUCGUUGUUUAAUUCCGCUGCAAACAUCUGAAAGUUUAAAUAAAUAAAUCAACUUUACUAUUUCUUUAUGUAUUAUUUUGGGAGGGAAAUUUGGGGGUGUUACAUUACUAUUCACGCAAAAGAGUUAAUAAAAAUUCACAACUUCGUAUACCCAUUAACCAUUCCAUAAGGUUCAAUACAUUAUUCACUUAAAAGUAAAUACAUUUGGGGACGGUGUUACAGUUAACAACUAUAGGAAGAUGGCGAUUGGGGAGGCAGAUAACGAACUUGAUUUUGAUACAGAGGAAGCCGCUGUUGAGGAAGUGACCGAAGAUCAAAUUGGCUUCCCGGUGGUUGGGACGGUGAUUUCUGAUCGGAGGGUUAAUUUUCACGCGCUUCAGGAUGCGAUGACUUCAGCUUGACGUCCUGGUAGGGGCGUAGGGGGUAUCAAUCAAGGAAAUCGAUGAAAAAAGGUACUCCCUCCGUCCCGCAAAAUAGUUCCUGGUUUCCUUUUUGGGCCGUCCCAAAAAAUAGUUCUUAUUUCCCUUUUUAGAAAGUUUUUUGUGGCUAUCAUUCAUUUACCUUUUUCUUACUCAACCACAACCACGCAUUUCCACUUUAUUCUCACUUUCUUAAACUCCGAUCCAAGUCAAUGCGGGAACAAUUUUAUGGGACGGAGGGAGUAUCUAUUUACUUUUAAUCAUGUUUUAGAUAUGAACCGUGUGCUGGAAGAUGGAGCUUGGGUGUUUGAGAGAGAUUUAGUGUUGUUGAAAGCAGUUCAACCAGAUGAUAUUCCUGAAAAACUAAUUUUAUUUGAGGCAGACUUUUGGGUUCAAGUGCAUAAUGUUCCUCAAAAAUUUAGAAAUCUGAUUUCUGCUAAGCACAAUGGGAAUUUUAUUGGCUCUUUUAUAAAGUUUGAUGAGAACAGUUAUGGAGAUAAAAAGAAAUCUUUCUUGAGAAUCAAAAUCUGUAUGGAUGUUAGGAAGCCCCUGAAAAAGGGCACUUCUCUGAAGAAGGAAGGAAAGGGACAUUGGGUUGAUUUUAAGUAUGAGAAACUACCCAAUUUCUGUUUCAUAUUGGGGUAGUUGGGCAUUCGGAUAAGUUUUGCUCGUUACGAUAUGAGGAAGGAAUUAUUAUUGAAAAAUCUUUUGGAGUUGAGCUUAGGGCAGGAGGAGUAAAGACUAGCCUUGCAUGCCCUAAUAAGUGGUUCGUAGAAGACCCUGUCAGCUUCAGGGGAGCCGGACAGCAAAGGAAGACUGAGCUCGAGGAGGAGCAAUCGGCUGAGACAGGGGUUAGUGCUUCAAAACAAGGCGCGGAUGAUAUGGAAGGGGAACUAGGAGAGACAAAACACAGGAGAAUAUGGGAGGACAAGCUUAAAGAGGAUACAGGGAACGAAGACAUGACACUUGAUAGGCCAAAAAAUGGGGAGGUGGCGGGUCAGACCUCCUAGACCCGUCGAUUUGCAGUGGAUGGUUUUGUUUAAGAUUUCGAGGGCUGGAGUUUAUUUUAUUUUCCUUAGGUUUUAUUUACACGAGUUAUCUGUUUUGUUAUGUUUUUAUUCUUUUGUUUACUGUGAAACUCUUGCACUAGGUUUGGAGGUCGAAAGGUCUGCGGUAGGCGUCGUUAGUUUUAAUUUGCCCAAAUUCGGUCUAACGAGUUAUAUUGCUUUGUUUAAGGUGAUUAACUCAGAGUCUCGUCUAUGGGCGGAUGGCUACAUGCGGUCCUUUCACAUUCUUGUACUCCUGUUGUUUGCUAUCUUAAUGAUAUAAGCGCCUUACGAUAAAUAAAAAAAUAAAAGUUAU